AGCAAUAAGCCGCCCAUCUUUCGCGCAGGCGCAACUCGAGACCCACCCCGCCUGGAGGCUCUGACCACUCUGUGCGCCGCGGGCAAUGUGAUUGACAGAGCAACAGUCCGGUCUCUGACAUAAACUCGUCACUCCGGAAGCUAUGACCCGAUCCUUCCGGGUCUGCGCUCUCCCAGCAUCCUUUGCCUUCCGGCUGUGGUCUGCCCAGUCCGGCCAGUCCCGCCUUGCGCGCCCAUUUCGAGCCCGAGUUUCAAGCUUUGUUCUCCAGGCUGAUUUUUCCAGCAGAGGGUUCUUGGGCAGUGGCUAUGGGGGCAGGAAUGGCGCAGCUGGAAGGUUACUAUUUCUCGGCUGCCUUGAGCUGUACCUUUUUAGUGUCUUGCCUCCUCUUCUCCGCCUUCAGCCGAGCGCUGCGAGAACCCUACAUGGACGAGAUCUUCCACCUGCCGCAGGCGCAGCGCUACUGUGAGGGUCAUUUCUCCCUCUCGCAGUGGGAUCCUAUGAUCACUACAUUACCUGGCUUAUACCUGGUGUCAGUUGGAGUGGUCAAACCUGCCAGUUGGAUCUUUGGAUGGUCUGAACAUGUUGUCUGUUCCAUUGGAAUGCUCAGAUUUGUUAAUCUUCUCUUCAGUGUUGGCAACUUCUAUUUACUAUAUUUGCUUUUCCGCAAGGUACAACCCAGAAAUAAGGCUGCUUCAAGUAUCCAGAGAAUCUUGUCAACAUUAACACUAGCAGUAUUUCCCACACUAUAUUUUUUUAACUUCCUUUAUUAUACAGAAGCAGGAUCCAUGUUUUUUACUCUUUUUGCCUAUUUGAUGUGUCUUUAUGGAAAUCACAAAACUUCAGCCUUGCUUGGAUUUUGUGGCUUCAUGUUUCGUCAAACAAAUAUCAUCUGGACUGUUUUCUGUGCAGGGAAUGUCAUUGCACAAAAGUUAACUGAAGCUUGGAAAACUGAGCUACAAAAGAAGAAGGAAGAGAGGCUCCCCCCUAUUAAAGGACCAUUUUCAGAAUACAGAAAAAUUCUUCAGUUUCUUUUGGCUUAUUCCAGGUCCUUUAAGAACUUGAGUACACUUUUCCUUUUGACCUGGCCCUAUGUCCUUCUGAUAUUCGUGUUUUGUGCUUUUGUAGUAGUUAAUGGUGGAAUUGUUAUUGGUGAUCGAAGUGGUCAUGAAGCCUGUCUUCAUUUUCCUCAGCUAUUCUACUUUUUCUCUUUUACUCUCUUUUUUUCCUUUCCUCAUUUGCUAUCUCCUAGCAAAAUUAAGGCUUUUCUUUGCCUAGUUUGGAAACGUAGAAUUCAGUUUUGUGUGAUUACUUUAGUCUCUGUAUUUUUAGUUUGGAAAUUCACUUAUGCUCAUAAAUACUUGCUAGCAGAUAAUAGACAUUAUACUUUCUAUGUGUGGAAAAGAGUUUUUCAAAGAUAUGAAAUUGUGAAAUAUUUGUUAGUUCCAGUCUAUAUAUUUGCUGGUUGGAGUAUAGCUGACUCAUUGAAAUCAAAAUCAGUUUUCUGGAAUAUAAUGUUUUUCAUAUGCUUAUUCACUGUUACAGUUCCUCAGAGACUGCUGGAAUUUCGUUACUUUAUUUUACCUUAUAUUAUUUAUAGGCUUAACAUACCUCUGCCAGCCAUAUCCAAACUUGUUUGUGAAUUGGGUUGCUAUACAGUUGUUAAUUUCCUAACCUUUUAUAUCUUUCUGAACAAGACUUUUCAGUGGCCAAAUAGUCAGGACAUUCAAAGAUUUAUGUGGUAAUGUCAGGGAUAUUUUGAACUCUAAAAUUAGAUUUAAUAUUUAGAUUAUCUCUGCAGUGAACAAUAGAAUUGGUAGAAAUUAUGGAAUUUCUUUUAGGCAUAAUGAUGAUCCUCAGGUCACAUCGGAUUUCUUACAUAUGUUUUAAACAUAUAUUAAGCAAUAAAGAGCUGAGAAAGUUUAAGACCUACUUCAAAAGCCUGAAUAAUGGCAAAACAUUACAAUUAUCUCAUGAUAACUC